UCUGUCCCUGGGGAGUCACGAGAGGUCACUUCCGGGGCGUUACCGAGAAGCUGUGAAGGAAGUGACAUAGGGCACGCGCCGGUGGCGUGAUGGAGCAGCAGCAGCAGCAGCAACAGCAGCAGCAGCUCAGAAACCUGCGGGACUUCCUGUUGGUCUACAAUCGGAUGACGGAACUCUGCUUCCAGCGCUGCGUGCCCAGCCUGCACCACCGAGCUCUGGAUGCUGAGGAGGAGGCCUGUCUGCACAGCUGUGCUGGGAAGCUGAUCCAUUCCAACCACCGCCUCAUGGCCGCUUACGUGCAGCUCAUGCCUGCCCUGGUACAGCGCCGCAUCGCAGACUACGAGGCUGCCUCAUCUGUGCCAGGUGUUGCUGCCGAACAGCCCGAAACCUCGCCAUCAGGGAGCUAGUCGUCCCCAACCCCGGGAAGGGAGGCACUGGAUGGACCCUCAUAUUUAAGGAGCCAGUGGACCUUGGGCUGGGUGCGACCUGUAUAUAGAAAGUGAGGAGUUGCCUGAGAGCUGGGUACUGUUGCUCCUUUUCCUGGAGCUAAUAAACCCACUUUUACUUUGUUUGGUUUAUAUUCUGGGCAAGGAAGCUUUGCCCACUUGAUUGACACCAUCUUUAUUAUUCUGUCAGGAUGCUUCAGCCCUGGCAGCAGAGAAAUUGCCUUCAAUGUGUAGAAGGAAAACGUCAGCAUUCCCAGGCACCUGGUUAAAGCGACAUCUGUGGGUACAAUUUUAAGACUGGUAAUAGCGACAAGAAGUUGGUUUCUGCCCAGAUGACAGAAAAUGGGAACUCUGUCUAGCUGUCCUUAAAUCUGUCUGACUUAAAUGGCUCACUUAGAGAUAUCUAAGGACAGCAGAUUAAGAAUCCACAGGGCUUUUAGGCGCUACCUCCUGGGAAGUCAGUAGCCUCAGACAGAGAUGAAACCUGUAAGAAUUCUGGGGUGUUCUGGAACGUCAACCACUUCCUCAAGUUGUUACUUACUUAAUAUUUUCUGUCUUCUUAGGAUGAGCAGUAAAAUCUUUAAACAAAGAAGAUCUGUGUGCUUGUCUUCAGGAGCAGUCAGAAAGGGGAAAACUUGUGGAACCGUAUUCUGCAAUACAGUCAGACUCGAGGGAUAAAAACCUAAGGGAGAAGUAGAUGGUGAUGGUUAUGGGAAAAAAAGGAAGAAAGCCAAAUCUUCAGGACUUCUUGAAUGUUACCUUAAUGUCUCACUGCUUGUCUGUAAUCUCCUGAUUCCAUCUCUUCCUCUACCCCAGAUUGUUCCCACUGUGCCUGUUCUGUGAUUUCUAAUUCCAGCCUGUCUGUUCUUUCCUCAUUAUUUCCCUCAGUGUGGAAUUUACUUCUGUAUUCAGCAAUCUGAGUGGCCUAUACAUCACUGAAUUUUCUUGCCAUUUUUGUGUCCUUUUUGUAUCAGCUGUUUUAACAUUUCUGUUCCUCCAUUCACACUGCUAGAGAAAAACAAAGCUGUGUAGUGAAUGCCACUAAAUAUUCAAGAUCUCCAACCUCAACCAAGCCCUCGUUACAAACAAGCAACCCUUUGUGAGUUCCUGGUCUGUUUGCUCUCCUAAUCACUACAGCAGUUAUUUUACACCUUCAUUGCUCUCCUUAAUCCCCUGCCUCAUCCUUGACUAUUCCCCAUCAGGUGACCAUGUUUGAUUUUUAAAAUGGAAGUAGAACUUCUUAGACAUUGGCUCCUACAAUCAUUUAAAAAAAAAAAAAAAACGAAAUAAAAGAAAACUUACAACCAUCCACAAAGCAGAUGUUUCCUCUCCUGUACAGAUCAGGGCAUUGAAAUUCUCUGGUAGCAGACCCUGUCUGAAAAUGCAGACCUGUCUUUAAAAUCUUUUACUACACCAGGCUGCCUUUCAAAAUAUCUGUUGAGCACCCGCUUUGUAUAGGUUCUGGUCUUGGUAUUAUCCCCACUUAACAGAUGAGGAGGCAAGAAUUCAGUAUGUACCAGAAGCCCACCUUAUACGCAGUUACCUAUUGAGAAAAGUGGCUCUCAUCAGCUUUUUGCCUCAUUAGCUGAACAAAUCUUGAACAGAAAGGUUUGCUAAGACCCUUCCUUAAUAAAAAAAGUUGUUGAUCAGGAACUUUCCUACUGAGUGGCUUCAUGUCUGCCCAAUAAAGUUCUCUCCUUGAAAAGUGUAAAUGCAGGUAAAGCAGCUUGUGAACUUUGCAAUUCCCAGAGACAGGAUUGGGGACCUGGGAUAUUCUGAUAGUGGGAGGAUUCUUCUCCAUCAAUAUUUAUGUAUAUCCCUGCAAUAAACUUCCACUGUGAAUUAUCUAUGUUUCCAUGUCACGUAAUUAGUAAUUGCUGGAGAAGGGGUAGGAACACAGAUCUGUCUGACUCUAAAGCCUAUGUCCUUUGAACUUCCAGAGCUUAUAUUUGCCUGCUCAUCUGCAGUCAACUUUUCCCUAGGCAUGGAAAGACAAGUGUCCCUCAGUCUGAUCCACCAAGACUUUUUAAUCUCUUCUUUCCUUUCUGUUUAUAAAUAGGUUCAAUACUUAACGAAAAGUACCUUCUUCCUACUAUCCGUCUUCCUUUGUCACUGAAAUCUCCUUGAGGUCUUACCAUGACGUCUUAGCCAUUGGUAUAAUGAGCAAUGUGAUGUUUCAAGCACAACACGAGGAUAAAUGUUGACAAAGCUUUAUCCCUUUAUCACAAACACAUAUUUGAGACAGGGUUGUUCUUGCUAUUGUGGCUUCAGAACUUAACUGCCUACUCCUUUGCAAAGUCUAAUUCCUUUGAGCCUAUUCAACUGUAUCACCUCUCUUAUUACUUAUCUGUAGUAACUGCCACUCUCCUACUUUCCUCUGCAGAGCUAGCCGUUGGUCUUCCUCUUGAUACUUUAAUGUUACACAAGACAGUCCAUUCAGUGUUUUUUGUCUCUUAGUUCCUUGACCCAAUCUCUAAUGAUUUCUACUCUGUCUUGGCUACUCUUACUUACAUCCUUUCCAUUGUCCACCACCCCAAACUGUUCCAUCUUCAAAACACUGUUACUUGCAUCUUAUUCACUGACUGUAUUCCUUCCUCUGUUUAUUGGACUAUUCCUCUACCAUUUUUUUUUUUUUUAAUUUCAAUGCAGCGUUCAGACCAUUGCUUCUACAUUCUCUCCAUUAACACCUUCCUGUCUUUAGAUUCCUGUCGAGCUUAAAUUCUAGUCAUUCUUGGGACUUCGCUGGUCGUCCAGUGGUUGAGGCUCCGCACUUCCACUGCAGGGGGCCUGGGUUCGAUCCCUGGUCUAGGAACUCAGCUCCCGAACACUAUGGGGCGUGGCCAAAAACAAAGUCCUUAUGAAAUUCUAGUAAUUCUUUUGGAAUAGGCUAAAUUUCCUUCCCUCUCAUUUCUUUGUUGGGCCUGGGUAAAAUGAAACAUUUGUGCCUGCAUUUGGACAUCUAAAAACUGCCCAAGGUAAUGACUAUAGAGCAGAUUUAUAUCGCUAUGAAUCCAUGGUUAUCAACUUCAAAUGGAGUCUGAGGCCCUGUAAUCCCACUAGAUUUUUCUAGUCGUCUUUCCUGUUCCCUGCAAUGACUAUUUCAAAUCAAUAUUCCUUUUUUUAUAUAAAUUUAUUUAUUUUUAUUUAUUUAUUUUUUGGCUGCAUUGGGUCUUUGCUGCGCAUGGGCUUUCUUUAGUUGCGGUGAGUGGGAGCUACUGAUCAUUGCGGUGCGGUGCGCGGGCUUCUCAUUGCAGUGGCUUCUCUUGUUGCGGAGCACAGGCUCUAGGCACGUGGGCUCAGUAGUUGUGGCUCAUGGGCUCUAAAGCGCAGGCUCAGUAGUUGUGGUUCACGGGCUUAGUUGCUCCACGGAUCUUCCCGGACCAGGGCUCAAACCCAUGUCCCCUGCAUUGGCAGGCAGAUUCUUAACCACUGUGCCACUAGGGAAGCCCCAAACCAAUAUUCUUAAGCCUCUUAUUAUCCCCAUGAUUCUCUUCACUUUCCGCAGGUAACCUUAUUUUAACUUCAUAGGCAAAAGUAAAAGCUAUCAGUUAGGAACUUCCGCAACAUCUUGCAACUCAAAACUUGGUCACCCAUCUACAUCUGCAUCAUUCUCUCCUCUUUCCCUCCUGUCUAAACAGGACAAAUAUCGCUCAUGGCCAGUGCCUGUUCCUGUGCACUGAAUCCUAGUCCUUCCUUCUUUGGAGAUCUCUGACUUUUUCCCACUUUACUAAAUUCUCAUCAGUGUUUAAGCAUGCCGAAGACUCCCGUUACAGCAAACAAACCACUCUACCUCACAGGUACCGUCCAGUUUUUUUCCAUUUUACGGCUAAACUCAAAACAGUGGAUACUUUGGUCUUCUCCAUUCCCACUUCUCCCCCCACCCUAUUUUGACUUCUGUAACCUUUAUUCUAUUGAAAUAGUUCUUCCUGAGGUCACCCUAGCUCACCAAGUGGCCUUCAUAUCCCUGAAUCCAGUGGUUAUUUCCUCAGCUUACUUCACUUCUUAGUGGCAUCUGGUACUAUCGACUUGUUCCUCAUGGACACUCUCACUGGUGUCUGUGAUUCCACUUGUGUUUUCACUACUACCUCUGGCCACAGCUUCUUAGCCUCCUUUGCGGGCUUACCCACCUCCAGCCAUUAAAUCUAAAAGUUUCUCAAGGUCCUAUUAUUUCUCAGUGUAAUUUUUCUGGGAUUGUUUCAUCCCCAUUUUGAGCGUUAGUCACUGAUAAUUCAGAAGUGAAGUUAUCAUCAGAGAGUAAAGCCAAAGAAAAUGGAAGAUGAGAAAGUACAGCAGAAGGUUUGAAAUAGUCAUUGCACAGAAUGAGAGAGUGAACUGACAAAAGGAACAUAAUUAGAUUAUUAGGUAGUGUUGAAGGCUCAGUAGAGGUUACUGAACAGAAUUCCCUUUUGGCUUUGUCUGUCUGGAAAACUUUUUUUAACUGAAGUAUAAUUGAUAUACAUAGUUAUAUUAGUUUCAGGUGUGCAACAUAGUGAUUUGACAUUUAUAUACCUUAUGAGAUGACCGCCACAGUAAGUCUAGUCACCAUCUGUCACCAUUUAAAGUAAUUACAAUAUUAUUGACUGUAUUCCCUCCUCUGUGUAUUACAUCCCCAUAAUUUAUUUUAUAACUGGAAAAAACUAUUAUUUUAAGGCCUAAAACUUUAAGGCCUACCUGUAACUCUUCCUUGCCUUUUCCAGGAAGGAUUCUUAUUUGUGCCCUCAUUGAACCCUUUUAUGUCUCGUUCACCAUUACGUCCACAGCACUUGGUAGAGUGCCAUAAACAACAACAAAAGCACGCAGCUCACACAGCUAGGUGUGUCCAUGUGAUCGAGUGAUGCAUGCAUUGCCAGGUUGUGCCCUUAAGGGUAAGGGUGGGCCUUCUCCUACUCUUUCCCCCAUCUCACUACUUGGGAUGAGGCCCAACACGCAUGGUGGUGAACUGUCUUGGACCUUGAAGAUAAGGACCACUUCCUUGAAGAAGGCAGAACAACUAAAAGGCUGCCAUAUUAGCCCUGGAGUACUUAUUCCUGGACAGUUGUGUGAGAGAAAAAGGAGUUUUCUCUGGCUGGAUGCAGAAGAGAAUGUCAGAAAGAUUUGAAACAUAAGAAGGAUUUGAGGCACUGCUGCUGGUUUGAAGAUGAAGGUGCCAUAUGGCAAGGAAGACAGGUGGCCUCUAGGACCUGAGAGUGGCCCCUGAGGCCCAGGAGGAAACAGGGACCUCAGUCCCACAACCGCAAGAAACUGAAUCCUGUCAACAACAAGAAUGAGCUUGGAGGAGGAUUUUCCCCCAGAGCCUCCAGACAAGAACUCAGCCCAGAUGACCUUUCAGGCUUAUGAUAUCCUGAGCAGAGAACCCAGUCAGGCCAUGCUGGGCAUCGAUGUACAGAACUGUGAGAUACUAAAUGGAUGUUGUUUUAAAGCUGCUUAGUUUGUGGCAAUUGGUUACACAGCCACAGAAAACUUCUGUCUUGUAAAUGAACCGUAAGCAGAGAUGUACUGUAUGAAGGCUCUGGCUGGGGCGGGGGGGGGGGGGGGGGGGGGGGAGCAUGCUCAGUGUGAUCCAGGCACAGAGGAGUGGUGUGAAUAGGGAUAGAUGGUCAAAAGGCCACAGAGGUAGCAGCCAGCUGAUGAGAUAGCAAAUUGUAGGCUGUGUAGGACUUUGGCUUUCCUGAGGGAAUGAGAUGAUAAGGCAUUAGUGAGUUUUGAGCAGAGGAGUCAUAGGAUCUGCCUGUAUUUGAAAAAGGUCACUGGCUGCUCUGAAAAGAGCAGAUUGUAGGGGCAAGGGAGGAAACAGAGACCAGUUAGAAGUCUAUGGAAUAAUCUAGGUGAGAGGUGAUAGUGGCCUAGACCAAGGUUUAGCUCUUAGGGUGGUGAGAAAUAGUUGGAUUUUGGAUAUAUUUUGAAGCUAUAGCUUAACAAAAUUUGCUAAAGCAUUAGACAUGGGAUGUGUGUGGGGGGAGAGGGGAGUCAAAGGUGACGCUAAAUUUUGACCCAAGCAACUGGUAAAAUGGACUUGGUAUUUACUGAGAUGGGGAAGACAGUGAAAGGAACAGGUUUAUUUGGAAGGAGGCAGUUAGGAGUCUGGUUUUGGACAUUUUAAGUUUUUAAGUUUGGGAUUCUUAUCAGAUUUAUAAAGCAGAGGUGGGACUCUA